CACUUCUGCUUUCACUGGUCCUCAGAGUUCUUGGUCUGGAGUGCCACUGCGGUCGCCUGCCUGCAUGCGCCCGGGCGCAGGACGACUCUUACUUCUUGCACUGCACUCCGGGGAGGCUGGAGUUUAAUCACACAAACAGUGUCCGGCUUCCUGUCCUCAUCCGCCCCCCUCCGGCCCGCUUCCCUGGUCCCUCCCUCUCCCCUGGCCCGAUCCGCCCACCAGCUCCCCCUCCCCAUCCCUCGGGUCUCGGGAUGGGGGGGCGGUGAGGCAGGCACAGCCCCCCGCCCCCAUGGCCGCCCGUCGGAGCCAGAGGCGGAGGGGGCGCCGGGGGGAGCCGGGCACCGCCCUGCUGGCCCCGCUGGUGCUGAGCCUGGGCCUGGCGCUGGCCUGCCUUGGCCUCCUGCUGGUCGUGGUCAGCCUGGGGAGCUGGGCAACGCUGUCUGCCCAGCAGGCGCCUUCUCAGGAGGAGCUGACAGCAGAGGACCGCCGGGAGCCCCCUGAACUGAAUCCCCAGACAGAGGAAAGCCAGGAUGUGGUACCUUUCUUGGAACAACUAGUCCGGCCUCGAAGAAGUGCUCCUAAAGGCCAGAAGGCGCGGCCUCGCCGGGCUAUUGCAGCCCAUUAUGAGGUUCAUCCUCGGCCAGGACAGGAUGGAGCACAAGCAGGUGUGGAUGGGACAGUGAGUGGCUGGGAAGAGACCAAAAUCAACAGCUCCAGCCCUCUGCGCUACGACCGCCAGAUUGGGGAAUUUACAGUCAUCAGGGCUGGGCUCUACUACCUGUACUGUCAGGUGCACUUUGAUGAGGGGAAGGCCGUCUACCUGAAGCUCGACUUGCUGGUGAACGGUGUGCUGGCCCUGCGCUGCCUGGAAGAAUUCUCAGCCACAGCAGCAAGCUCUCCUGGGCCCCAGCUCCGUCUGUGCCAGAGUCCUGAUGCCCUGGAAGCCUGGAAGGAUGGGGUGAGAUCUCGGAGGAGAAGAGCAAUACUCACCCAGAAGCACAAGAAGAAGCACUCGGUCCUGCAUCUCGUUCCAAUUAACAUUACCUCCAAGGCAGACUCUGACGUGACAGAGGUGAUGUGGCAACCAGUACUUAGGCGUGGGAGAGGCCUGGAGGCCCAGGGAGACAUUGUGCGAGUCUGGGACACUGGAAUUUAUCUGCUAUAUAGUCAGGUCCUGUUUCAUGAUGUGACUUUCACAAUGGGUCAGGUGGUAUCUCGGGAAGGACAAGGGAGAAGAGAAACUCUAUUCCGAUGUAUCAGAAGUAUGCCUUCUGAUCCCGACCGUGCCUACAAUAGCUGCUACAGUGCAGGUGUCUUUCAUUUACAUCAAGGGGAUAUUAUCACUGUCAAAAUUCCGCGGGCAAACGCAAAACUUAGCCUUUCUCCGCAUGGAACAUUCCUGGGGUUUGUGAAACUAUGAUUGUGUUAUAAGGGGGGAGGGGGUUCCCAUUCCAAGAACUGGCCAGACAAAGAACAAGCAAAUGAUCAAGAACAGCUCUCCUUGGCUUUGUCUUGACCGUUGUUCCUCCCUUUGCCUUUCCCGCUCCCACUAUCUGGGCUUUGACUCCAUGGAUAUUAAAAAAGUAGAAUAUUUUGUGUUUA